UUGUAAAUUUCAUAAAAACUAUUUUAAUAAUUAUUUCUCUAUUAAAAUAGGAAUGUAUUUUAGGAUAUUACACUAUUUUCUUACUUCUUUUACUCUACUUUUACUUCUAACCAUGUCGUAAAAAGUAUGACGUUAAAUAAUGUAUGAAUCGAUUGGGAAUAUAUUUUCGAAAGCAAAACGUUUAGAAACUCGCAUUAUUUUUGAUAAAUGUCAAAAUACGAUGCUAAAAAUUAAUACAUCGAUAUAACCUAAUUUCAUAAUACUGGAAAGGUGUUAGAAAGGUGCUAAUUAAAUUAAAUGAUAAAAGAAGAGUAAUCAUAUGACGAAUGAUAAGAAAAUAAUAUUCUACAAUUGAAAUAGUAAAUUAAUCGUCGUCAAAAUGAGUGUUGUAACAGCUUUAAAGUUUUAUAUUACAAAAAUGACAGAUGAAGCAGGACCAAAUAUGAAGGUUCUUCUAAUGGAUAAACAAACGACAAGUAUAGUUAGUUUAUUAUAUAGUCAAUCCGAGAUGUUAAUGAAGGAAGUUUACUUAUUUGAAAGAAUAGAUUCUGGUAUCCGUACUGAUAGUUUAAUGCAUUUAAAAUGUAUUGUUUUCAUAAGACCAACUAAGGAAAAUAUUCAAUUACUUUGUAAUGAAUUAAAAUUCCCUAAAUAUGGUGUUUAUUUUAUUUAUUUUAGUAACAUUAUUGCAAAGGCUGAUAUCAAACUUCUGGCUGAAAGUGACGAACACGAAGUAGUCAGAGAAGUUCACGAGUAUUAUGCAGAUUAUUUAGCAAUUAGUCCACAUUUAUUUUCACUUGGGAUUCCUGCAUGUUCUAAAGGCUUGGUAUGGAAUCCGGAACAUUUGCAAAGAACAGUGCAAGGUAUAACGUCAGUUUUAUUAUCACUUAAGAAAUGUCCAUUUAUUCGUUAUCAAAAUAGUUCUGAAAUGGCAAAAAAGUUAGCAGAGAAAAUUCGUGAGGUAUUAAGUAAGGAAUCAAGUUCUUUUGAAUUCAGACAGGAAUCUAAUCCUGUGUUACUCAUUGUCGAUAGAAGAGAUGAUCCAGUUACGCCAUUAUUAAAUCAGUGGACAUAUCAAGCAAUGGUCCAUGAAUUACUAACAAUUAAUAAUAAUCGUGUUAAUUUAUCUCAUGUAAAAGAUAUAUCUAAAGAGUUAAAAGAAGUUGUUCUUAGCGCGGAACAUGAUGAAUUUUAUGCCAAUAACUUGUAUCUAAAUUUUGGAGAAAUUGGACAGACAAUAAAGGAACUGAUGGAUGUAUUUCAAAGAAAGGCAAAAAAUCAACAGAAAGUAGAAAGUAUAGAAGAUAUGAAAAAUUUUGUAGAAACGUAUCCACUCUUCAAAAAAAUGUCUGGAACUGUAACUAAACAUGUAACUGUUGUGGGAGAACUUUCUUCCCUUGUUGGUAAACAUAAUUUGUUGGAAGUAUCGGCAUUAGAACAAGAACUCAGUUGUCAAAAUGAUCAUUCAACACAACUCCAGAGAGUUAAAAAGCUUAUUAACGAUGAGAAAGUAAGAGAACUCGAUGCUGCACGAUUAGUCAUGCUUUAUGCACUUCAUUAUGAGAAUCAUGCAAAUAAUCAGAUUUCUGUCUUGUUAGAUUUAUUGAAGAAAAGGAAUAUUUCAGAGAAAUAUGUUAAGCUUGUUUAUAAUGUAUUAGAAUAUAGUGGUAUUAAUAAUAGGCAAAAUAAUUUAUUUGACAAAGAAUCAGUUGUAAAAAUCACAAAAAAACUAUUUAAAGAAUUGAAUGGAGUAGAUAAUGUAUACACGCAACAUACGCCACUAAUAAAUGAGAUUAUUGAAGAUUUAAUAAAAGGAAGAUUAAAUACGCAAACAUAUCCAUUUUUGGGAAACAUAGUUAUGUCUAAACGGCCACAAGAUAUUAUUGUGUUUAUGAUAGGUGGAACAACAUAUGAAGAAAGUUUAACUAUAUAUAACUUAAACAAACAAAAUCCGGGCGUACAAAUUAUCUUAGGUGGUACUACAAUUCAUAAUUUUGAAAGUUUCAUAGAAGAAAUACAAUGUGCUACUUCUGGAAUUUUUCCAAAACAUAGAUCAAGAAAAAAUUAAUGGCAAAGUUUAUAAUUCCAUUUAUCAUGCAUUUAAAAUGCAAAAUAAUAGCUUAUAUUUCCAAAAAAAUAAACUGUUUAUUAUUGUGAAAUAUAAAACCAUAUAUUUA